AGCACUACUUCCGUUCUCCCCUCACAUUUCAUAUUUCAUUGAAAUAGGUGUGUUGUGUGAUAAGUUCUUUCACACAAACACACAAAAAUAUUGUUAUUAUUUACUAAAAACUUUAAAAAAUACACAAAAAAAUUACAAAAUCUAAAAAAACUUUAGAAAAAGGAGAAAAGCAGAGAAACGGAGUUUUAUUCGACGACGCAAGGAGUAAACUUAGAAGAUCAAAAUGAAUCCAGCUGCUCAGAGUUAUCCUAUGGCCUCUCUGUAUGUGGGAGAUCUCCACCCAGAUGUCACAGAGGCCAUGUUGUUUGAGAAGUUUUCUACCGCCGGACCAGUGCUGUCGAUCCGUGUGUGCCGUGAUAUGAUCACCAGGCGAUCCCUUGGCUAUGCCUACGUCAACUUUCAACAGCCUGCUGACGCUGAAAGAGCCUUGGAUACUAUGAACUUUGACACCAUCAAGGGACGUCCUAUUCGUAUUAUGUGGUCCCAACGUGAUCCAUCGCUACGUCGUUCUGGUGUUGGAAAUGUGUUCAUCAAGAACCUGGAUAAGAGCAUCGACAACAAGGCCUUGUAUGAUACUUUCUCUGCUUUUGGAAACAUUUUGUCUUGCAAGAUUGUCUCUGAUGAAAAUGGCUCCAAGGGCUAUGGUUUUGUCCACUUUGAGACUGAGGAAGCCGCCUCCAGUGCCAUUGAGAAGGUCAAUGGGAUGUUGUUGAAUGGAAAGAAAGUAUUUGUCGGCCGUUUCAUCUCCCGCAAGGAAAGGAUUGAGGCCCUCGGAGACAGAGUGAAGAAAUUCACCAAUGUCUACGUCAAGAACUUUGGCGAGGACAUGGAUGAUACCAAGCUGCAGGAGAUGUUUGAAAACUACGGCAAAGUCAUCAGUGCAAAGGUGAUGGUGGACGAUUCCAAUGGCAAGUCUCGUGGCUUUGGCUUUGUCAGCUUUGAGGACCCUGAAGCCGCGGGUAAAGCUGUGGAAGAACUGAAUGGCAAGGAGUUCAGUGGAAGACCCAUGUAUGCAGGGCGCGCCCAGAAAAAAGUAGAGCGCAUCUCUGAACUGAAGGACAGGUUUGAGAAGCUGAAACAGGAGAGGAUCAGUCGUUACCAGGGGGUCAACCUGUACGUCAAGAACCUGGAUGAUGGCAUUGACGAUGAGAAGCUUAGGAAGGAGUUUUCCCAGUUCGGCACCAUCACCAGUGCUCGUGUCAUGACUGAGGGUGGUCGUACCCGUGGCUUUGGCUUCGUCUGUUUCAGCUCCCCAGAGGAAGCCACCAGGGCUGUCACUGAGAUGAAUGGGCGUAUUGUCGGAACGAAGCCCCUCUACGUCGCAUUGGCACAGAGGAAGGAAGACCGCAAGGCUCACUUGGCAUCCCAGUACAUGCAACGCAUUGCUGGUCUGCGAAUGCAGCAGAUGGGACAAAUGUUCCAACCAGGUGGUGCCAGCUACUUUGUCCCCACAAUGCCCCAGCAGAGGUUCGCCUACCCUGGGCCUCAAAUGGGCCAGAUGAGGGCCAACCCACGCUGGCCAGCACAGCAACAGAUCAGGACUGCACAGCCUCAAGGUUUCCAGGCAAUGCCAGCUGGCACACAGGUGCGCUCCACAGCUCCUCCACGCGGACCCGCCCAGCAGCAAGUGCGUGCUGCGGUCAAUGCACGUCCCAUCACAGGAGUCCAGGCUGCCCAGCCCCCGCGCCCCGCCAUGGCCACCCAGCCUCGGCCCAGCUUCAAGUACACUACCACCAUGCGCAAUCCUCCAGUGCAGGGUCAGAUGCAGCAGUCACAGCCAGCACAACAGAUGCCCCAACAGGCCGUGCAUGUUCCCGGACAGGAAGCUCUCACCACUGCCAUGUUGGCCGCCGCUGCACCCCAGGAACAGAAACAGAUGCUGGGCGAGCGCCUCUUCCCUCUGAUCCAGAACAUGUACCCAGACUUGGCGGGUAAAAUCACUGGAAUGUUGCUGGAGAUCGACAACUCUGAGCUUCUCCACAUGUUGGAGUCCAGAGAGUCCCUCAAGGCCAAGGUCGAGGAAGCCGUUGCUGUGUUGCAGGCUCACCAAGCCAAAGAAGCAGCUGGAGCCCCAGCUGGACAGUUACCCAAAAUGUAAUGCUAAAACUCCCCAAAAGAUGGCACCACUCGCUCCUCCCCAAGCAAGAUGAGCAGAUCAGAAUCCAGAUAGUGUGAAGGCACUGUAUGCUGUUGGCUUGUGAAGACCUGUGGAGAGCACUGGGAGUGGGCACAAUCCAUCUGGGAUGAAAAAAUAUCCGAAAAAAUGACAUAAAAAUCAGAAAAACUGAGAACUACUGUAUUAUAAAAACUUUUGAAACUUAAUGUUAAUUAUUAUUAUGAAUUCAUAAUUAUAUUUAUUAUUUUUUUUGCAACUUUUCCUUUUUAAGUACAACAAGCUGAGACGUCAUGAAAAGAACAACAGAAGAACACAUGAUACCAAAAACUACAAUAAAAACAGUAAAACUAUUACUGUCAUAGUAGAAUAGGAAACUUAAAAGAAAAAAUGUCAAGAAGCAGCUACAAAUAUUGAAAAAUAAACAAAAAAAUAGCAAAAAUAUCAAAAAAGAAAAAAUCAGUUUUUCUUGUAUCAUUUAAAGUUUAACAGUAGUGACCAUUAAGUUAUAUAACCUCAACUACUGUCACGUGUUGGUCUUACAGAAUAGAAAAGAAAAGACUACAAUAACAAUAAAAAAUAAAAAUUGCAGAAAAAUAACAAAAUAUGGUGGAAGUGUUAAGAUUCAGGGCAAAUUUCUUUUUUUUAUUGGAGGCAGACUUGCCCUUGGUAGACUUACUCAAAUUGAGCUCAAUCUUAACUUUUGAAAAAUAUGAGAAAAGAAAAGUAUACAACUUUAUUUGGAUUGCAAAUGUUUCAAUAUGCAUUUUCUACAACUCAUGUAUAUAAUGCACGUUGUAUUGAAGGUUUUGGACAUGUUUACCCCAAGUUUCACAGGUUCGUGGAAACCCAAUUUCCUCCUUUCACCUUGCUUGUGUUACUAAAAGAAGGCAGAGGUAUAUUGAUGGCAGGUGAGGGGUUUUUCUGACACCUGUGAGACUUUGGGUACAAGUAUUGCUCUGUAUAUAAAGUUGAGUUUUCAAUUUCCUGAUUUGUGUUCUUGUUGAUUGCAGCCUGUUACUCUUGUUUUGGUUGGAAGGAAAAAACUAAUUGCUCUUGUUGAAUAAAAAUCUCCGCUCUGAACUAG